AUGAACAACAAGAAGGUUACGGCCAAGGAUAACCGUCCCGAAAUCUGUUCAAAAGCCCAAAUCCGUAUUUUUCAUCUCAUCAUCCAUGCCACAUCGAAGAUAAAAACACCGGCAGAUUCAAAUGCCGUUGAGUGA